AUGAUGAGAGGCUAAGCUGUAAUUCAUUCUCCUGUCUUUGCGUCGGCUUCCCUUUCUGUAGCCUUCCAUCUUAGCCCAAACCACUCAACCUUAUCCAACCAAAAUCAGCCCAAAAUCCCACAAACUGGAUCUUAACUGCUCCCACGCCUCAUUACAUAUAUGGAUAUGGACCGUCUUUCACUUGCACUUUACAGCAACUCUCUCUCUCUCAUGGAGUGCCAUUCCUUAAUCAUUGCUUUCACCACAUUCAUCGCACUCGCACUUUCAGUGAUUCCGUGCUCUGUCCUCGCCAGAGAGCCCUGUAAUUUUCCGGCUGUGUUCAACUUCGGCGACUCGAACUCCGACACUGGCGGCCUAUCUGCUGUCUUUGGCCAAGCGCCGCCGCCCAAUGGGAGGUCCUAUUUCCCUGGACCUGCUGGUCGCUACUCCGAUGGCCGCCUCAUCGUCGAUUUCAUAGCCAAAAGCCUUGGGUUGCCAUAUCUAAGUGCGUAUCUUGAUGCUUUGGGAGCCAAUUUCACUCACGGAGCCAACUUCGCGACUGCUGGUUCAACCAUUAGACCUCAAAACACAACUCUUCAGCAGAGUGGAUUCAGCCCUAUUUCACUCAAUGUUCAAUACAACGAAUUCUACGACUUCCGUCGCAGAUCCCAAACCCUUCGAAAUCGACUCGGUGGUAUUUUUGAGCAAUUAUUGCCUAAGGAAGAGAGUUUCAGUCGGGCCCUCUACACAUUUGAUAUUGGCCAGAACGAUUUGACUAGCGGUUACUUUACCAACAUGACUGUCGAUGAAGUUAAACUCUAUAUUCCUGAAGUACUCCACCAAUUCUCCGAAAUUGUCAAGUGGGUGCACAGUCAAGGGGGAAGAUUCUUCUGGAUCCAUAACACGGGCCCAGUGGGCUGCCUUCCAUAUGUAUUGGACCGCAAGCCCGUUGCAGCCUCAGACUACGACCAAUAUGGCUGCGCCACUCCUUUCAAUGACUUGGCCCAAUCUUUCAACCGUGGCCUCAAGCAAGCAGUCCUUGAGCUUCGCAAAGCUUUGCCCGAUGCUGCCAUUACCUAUGUUGAUAUUUACUCUCUCAAAUAUGCUCUCGUUGCCCAACACAAGAAAUACGGGUUUGAGUUUCCAUUGAGAACUUGCUGUGGACAUGGUGGAAAGUACAACUUCAAUUUGAAGCUUGGAUGUGGAGGAAAGAAAAAGAUAAAUGGAAAGGAUGUUUUGAUUGGAAAAUCUUGCAAAAACCCAGAGGUUUAUGUGAAUUGGGAUGGUGUUCAUUACACUCAAGCAGCUAACAAAUGGAUCUUUAAUCAGAUUAAAGAUGGUUUUUAUUCAGAUCCACCUAUCCCUUUGAAGAUGGCUUGCCACAGGGCUUUAUCUUAAAUAUUUAAAUCUACUUCCACCCCUUUUCCCAUCAUCUGAAUCUUGAUGUUGAUUAGUAUGGUACCAUAAUAAUGAUCAAAAUUCAUCUAUGACCAAUCUUUCCUUUUGAUGAAUUUUUAUCAUCUUUUGUUAGUGUUACCGUGGUUAGUGCACAACAUCAAGUCCCACCCAUUGUCAUUAAUGUAUUUUAGAUUAUCAUAUUACCAAGAGGGAUUUAUAGACCUUUUUUUAGUACA